AUGGGGGAAUGGACUAUACUAGAGAGGCUCCUGGAGGCUGCUGUCCAGCAGCACUCUACUAUGAUAGGAAGGAUCCUACUAACAGUGGUGGUCAUCUUCCGGAUUCUAAUCGUAGCAAUAGUUGGAGAGACUGUCUAUGAUGACGAGCAGACCAUGUUUGUUUGUAACACCUUACAACCGGGCUGCAACCAGGCAUGCUACGACAAGGCAUUUCCCAUUUCACACAUUAGAUAUUGGGUUUUUCAAAUCAUCAUGGUCUGCACCCCGAGUCUUUGUUUUAUCACGUACUCGGUGCAUCAGUCGGCCAAGCAGAAGGAGCGGCGGUACUCAACAGUCUAUCUGACACUAGAUAAGGAUCAAGAUUCACUGAAGCGAGACGAAAGCAAAAAGAUAAAGAACACCAUUGUUAAUGGAGUACUUCAGAACACAGAGAACUCCACCAAAGAAGCCGAGCCGGACUGUUUAGAAGUCAAAGAGAUCCCUAAUUCGGCAAUGAGAACUACAAAGUCCAAAAUGAGGCGGCAAGAGGGCAUCUCCAGGUUUUACAUCAUCCAGGUGGUUUUCAGAAACGCCCUGGAAAUAGGCUUUUUGGUGGGUCAGUACUUCUUGUAUGGAUUCAACGUCCCGUCGGUGUACGAAUGUGAUCGCUACCCCUGCAUAAAAGAUGUCGAGUGCUACGUCUCCAGACCAACGGAGAAGACGGUGUUCCUGGUCUUCAUGUUCGCGGUCAGUGGCUUUUGUGUGGUGUUGAACCUGGCUGAACUCAAUCAUUUGGGCUGGAGGAAAAUCAAAACGGCCGUGCGAGGUGUGCAGGCUCGGCGGAAGUCCAUUUAUGAAAUCAGAAAUAAGGACUUGCCGAGGAUGAGUGUGCCUAAUUUUGGCCGCACUCAAUCCAGUGACUCUGCUUAUGUGUAA